AAAGCCCAAAAUUACAGCUUUCAGUAGAAAUGUAAGGGAUUUUUUUCCUCUUGGCAGGCUUGUUCGCAAGAUAAAAAUCCAGCAAGUUUCUUUUCCAAUUCUUCUCUACUACGUUCUGUCACGCUGGCUGUCAGGAGAGCCAACAGAGUGAUAAGAGUUUCACUGUGUACUGAUCAGGUAAAGGUGCUGAUCUGUGGACCUAGCAAUGACUCUUCUUCAGCCUUUCAAUGCCCUGGUACUUUGGAUUUUACUGAUGAAGUUAACGAGUUCAGUUAACACAGAUAAACCUGAACAGAAUAUGUAUUCCUGCCCAGUAAUUCAGUGCAGCGCUCCUGCGGUCAAUGGCUUACCAGGCAGAGAUGGAAGAGAUGGUCCCAAAGGUGAAAAGGGAGACCCAGGAGAAGGAUUGAGAGGUCUGCAGGGUUUUCCUGGAAAAGCAGGACCUCCUGGAAUGAAAGGAGAUGUAGGACCACGAGGAGAGAAAGGACAAAAAGGAGAACAAGGAAUUGUAGCAACCGAUGGCCUGCAGAGACAAGUAACUGCUUUGGAAACAAAACUGAAGGUUUUGGAAGGUGAAUUAAAUAGAUACAAAAAUGCUUUGAUUUUAAAGAACAUCAGAAGCAUUGGUAAAAAAAUGUUUGUCUCAACUGGAAACCAAGAUACUUUUGAAAAUGGAAAAUCCCUUUGUGCGAGAGCUGGAAGUACUCUUGCUUCUCCUAGGAAUGAUGCUGAGAAUACAGCUUUAAAAGACUUACUGAGACCUGCAAGGCAAGCUCAUAUAGGGAUAUCUGAUGCACAGACUGAGGGCAGGUUUGUGUACCUGAGCGGAGGGGCUGUAACAUACUCAAAAUGGAAUACUGGAGAACCAAAUAAUCUAAGAAAUGAAGACUGUGUGGUAAUACAAGAAUCUGGAAAAUGGAAUGAUGUGGACUGUUCAAAUACACAGGCCUUAAUUAUCUGUGAAUUCUUGAGCUGACAAAUCUAAGAAAACCAACGUUUUUGUUCUCAUUUGAUACAGAAGUUGGUUGAUAUAGAAGUUUGUUACCAUUUAUGGCCUGGAAAAAUCAGAACCAGCAUGUAUUUAUGAUUGUUUUCUUUUUGACAUUCAGUUUUGAAUCUCCUAAUGAAAUAGACUUGUUUGUUCAAUCACUAUGAAUUAAUUUGUGCUUACCACAUAGGCUGCUGGGGAUCUGACGUUUAUAUAGGCUUCUGGAGGGUUGAACUCCACAUCAGCUCUAAUAUGAUCCCCUGGACAGGGUGCCUACUAACAUUUAAAAUGUGUUUUCCAGUUCGUGGCCAAUCACAGUCUGACCUCUUAGCUUAAUCUGUACUUCAUGAGUUGUUGAACUUAAAAUGUGAGCCAAAAUAAAUUUUACAUAUUUAAACCA